GUUUUUUAAUUUGAAUCCUUGAUCUUUUUAUCACAACACCUACCAGAUUCAACACAUUAAUUCCACAUCGCUUUCUAUUCAUGAGGUCCUGAAUACCAUGGAGAUUAUCACAUCAGCCGAAAGCUUCAAGAAAGCCGAUGGAGGUCCUUUCAAGUUCAGCUACUUGCAGCUUAUUAUACGGAAGGAUGGUCAACUAUACCGUGCAAGAUGUCUCGAUCGCAAGUCAAAUAUCUCCAAGAUUUAUAAUAUGGAGUUAUUAGAGACGAAGGAUAGGGGCCCUAUCUUGAGCCCAAUGUGGACCGCUCUAUCCUCCACGCAGAACUACUACGUUAAAACACCAAAUCCUUGGGCUUACGGCAAUUCUGACCUCGAGCAACAGAUCCUUCGUGAAAUUAAAAUAUGCGAAUUACUAAAACUCCAUCCUCAUCCGAAUAUCUCCUUGUAUGUUGGUUGUCUAAGUACAAACGGACGAGUAUCGGGAAUAUGUUUCCAGCAGUACUUAACAACGCUACAACAGAAAGUUAACCCUGGCCAUCUGAAUAAAUCAGACUUCCUUUCCAGUGGCCGUUUAGCUGUUGAUGACUCCAUAGAAGCAUGUUUGGAUGGGGUUCGAGCAGGCAUUCAUCAUCUCCAUUCACUCGGUAUUAUUCACAACGAUAUUGCACCCUCAAACAUUAUGUUCGACCCAGAUGGUACGCCAAUUCUAAUCGACUUUGAUAGCUGCACAAUGGUUGGGGAGUCGCUUUAUAAAAUCAAAAGGACGCAUGGAUGGCAUGACCCUGAGGUUCAGAAGGCGGUAGAAAAGAAUGAUCUCAAUGCUUUCAUAGAGUUACAGAACUGGCUGAUUGGGCCAUCACCUGAUAAGUUCCUGUUUAAGAGCGGAUAAAAGGGUUGGCAAACGGAUAAUGCAAAGAUGCACUUCAAAAAUCAGGAAAGUCGCUGGGAUAAUGUAAACCUAGUAAAGCCCAGUACACAUAGAGAAACCUACACCACGUAUCUACGGCAGUGUGUUGAUGGGUGGUUAACUGUACCCUUUUUGGAAACCUAACCCAAAUUGUCAAUAAUAGAUCCAUAAAUUCGAAAUCUAAGAAUUACUC